AUGCCGUUCGCAAAGCUCUUCUCGUCAGGCCUCCUGUUCGCAUCCUUGGCCGCCUCCAGGUGGAUCGUCCCCGGAGGCAGGUGGCAUGACACCGAGGGCAACCUCGUGAACGCCCACGCCGGCGGCAUCACCCUUGACAAGGACACGGGUAAAUUCUUCUGGUUUGGCGAGUACAAGGUCGAGGGCCAGGAGGAAGGCGGCGGCGUCUCCGUCUACAGCUCUGACGACCUGGCGACCUGGGAGUACCGCGGCAAGGCUCUCGAGCCUGUCCAAGGCCACCCGUACAUCUCGAACGACAUGAUAAUCCAGCGUCCCAAGGUCGUCUUUAGUGAGCCGACCGGCGAGUACCACAUGUGGUGGCACGCCGACAACUCGACGUACGGCCUCCUCCUCCAGGGCCUCGCCACGUCGCCCAACAUUUCAGGCCCCUAUACCUUUGUCGACGCUAUCGCGCCACUCGGCAACUGGUCCCAGGACUUUGGAAUCUUCACCGACUACAAAGACGGCCGCUCUUACGCGCUCUAUUCCAACGGCGACCGCGUCGAGGGGCGCGACGUCUACGUCACGUCCUUCAACGACGAUCUUACCAACGUCACCGAGGUCGUCCACCGCUUCGACAAGUACGACCUCGAGGCCCCGACCAUCAUUCAGACCGACAAGAGCUACUACGCCCUCAUGUCCCACAAAACGGGCUACCGCCCCAACAACGUCGUCGCCUUCCGCGCCGACUCCCUCGCCGGUCCUUGGUCCCAGCCCUUCAUGGUCGCCGACCCCUACAGCCGCACCUACAGCUCCCAGUCCGGCUUCUCCCUCAAGAUCGACGGAUCCGAAACGACGACCUACCUCUACCUCGGCGACCAAUGGGACUCCAACUCCCUCUGGGAGAGCCGCUACAUCUGGCUGCCCAUCGCCGUUGACGAUGAGAAGAAAUCGCUACACGUCGAGUGGCAUGACGUUUACGAUCUCGACAUCGGGACCGGCGUCGUCACCCCGAUCAAGGGCACCACCUACUACGCCCACGAACCCGCCGUUGCCACCGUCGCCGGUGGCGCCUCUAGGCAGGAGGCCAACUUUGCCAGCGGCGGCUUCAUCGUCACCGGUAUCUACGGCAACGAUAGCACCGUCACCUUCUACGGCAUACAGGGCGCGGGCGAGCCCCAAUGGGUUUCCUUCUACUACCAGAACACGGACGACAUGGGCUUCGGUGACCAGCCCGGGGGCACCCCGGACCGCAUCGGCGGCAAGUGGCAGCUGCGCCGCAUCGCCUCAGUCAUCGUUAACGACAACGAGGAACACGUCGAGACGCUCUUCCAGCGCGACACCCACAAGGGCAUCAUUCUCUCCACACCGCUGCAGCUGACCCUGGACGAGAGCGCCAACAACACCAUCACCAUUGGCGGUCUGUGGAACGGCUUCGACUUCAAGGGCGCAGAUAUUGAUCGCAUCGUCGUGUAUCCCCCUGAGGGGGGAGCCCAUCGAGUUCAAGAAGGGCGUUUGAAGAAGUCUUGA